AUGGAGUUUUAUCAUAUUUUUGGGUUUCUCUCAAUUCUCAAAGAGUCCCUUCAAUUAAUUCCAAGAAAUAGAAAAUUACUUGCCUUAACAUGUUUUCUUCAGAUUCUAUUUUCCUCUAUCCUUUUAUCAAUCUUGAAUUUUGAACUUAAAUUCUUGUUCCAUGAUAUUAUUUUAAAGACAUCAAUUUUGUCUACUUCAAUUGAUGAUACCUUUAAAAUCAUGGAAAUUAUUGCUGCUAUUAAAGAGGAUUUUAGAAAUUUUCUAAUUGUAUAUGUUGCAAUUCUUGUUAGUCUAUCUUUAAUCUCUUUUCUAUACACAAUUGCAACAAUUAUAUUAUCAUCUAAUAUCAAUAUUUCUCUCAAAGAAUUUGUUUUAAAAAUCUCAAAGGCGUUUAAAUAUGCAUUUAUAACUAGAUUAUACACAAACAUGUUAAGUAUUGGUUAUUUUUUUAUUGUUUUAUUUUUAUUAUGUCCUAUUUCAAUUUCCUCUAGCAAUAUUUUCCUUUUCUCUAUAGGAAUUUUUGUUGGAAUAAUUUCUUUCAUAUUUUUUCUAUAUUUAUCAAUUGUUUGGAUAUUGGCUUUAGUUAUUUCAGUAAUUGAAGAAGACUGUUAUGGAAUUAAAGCCAUAGAAAAAGCUGGAAGACUCAUUAAGGGGAAUAGAUUAAAAGGAUUUAUGUUAAAUAUUUUAUUUUCUAUAAUUUCAUCAUUAUUGUACCUAUGUUAUUUGAAGAUUAAUAAACCUAAUAAAGGGGUAAUUAACCAGAUACUUAUGUCUAUAUUUCUGGUUAUUAUUUCUUCUUUGUUUAAUUUAUUGUUAUUAGUGGCAUAUACUGUGUUAUACUCUCAUUGCAAGAAGAACCAUGGAGAAGAGGAAGUUGAAUUGGAUGGGAGUUUUGAGUAUAGCAAAGUAUAAAAGAGGGAAUUUGUCAUAACAUUUUGAUUCAAGUUCUGAGAAUGAAGACAUCCUUAUUUAGGAUCGUAUCGAGCAUUUUCCUUUAAAAGGAGACUUAUGCUGCACAAAUCCUCAAUAAUCGAUGGAGUGAAUUUCAGAUAUCAGAUGGUUAUAUAUAAUUUGUAUAUCAUUUUAUUAAUAGUGCUUGAUGCAUUUGGAUUUUGCUCUCUUUUUUCUUUUUCUUUUUAUGUAUUGUGUUGGGAUAAAUGUUGUUAUAACAAUUACUCUCUUGUUCAAAUUACUUGUCAUCUAUUUUACAUAAUCAAAUUAUAUAAACUUUGAUAUAUAUUAUUGCAUUUAA